AAUGGCGCUGUCUAGUAUCUUGCGCAGUGAGUCUGCGGAUUUUUCAAAUCACUUUGACCGGCCUUUUGCCUUUGAUUGUGGGCUAUCUCAGCCUGAGCUGGGCUUCGCUACCAACUCAGGAGACAAUCUUAACUUCGCCGUGAAACCGUUCGCUGAUGAUGUGGAUGGUCCAGAGAGGAAAAUCGAGUUUCUUCACGGAACCACCACCUUAGCAUUCAAAUUCCAACAUGGCGUUAUUGUCGCAGUGGACUCACGGGCGACAGCUGGGUCCUACAUCGCCUCUCAAACGGUGAAGAAGGUGAUUGAGAUCAACCCUUACUUGUUGGGCACCAUGGCAGGAGGAGCUGCAGACUGCAGUUUCUGGGAGCGUCUGCUGGCCAGACAGUGUCGCAUCUACGAGCUGCGUAACAAAGAGCGCAUCUCCGUAGCAGCCGCCUCCAAACUGCUGGCAAACAUGGUGUACCAGUACAAAGGCAUGGGCCUCAGUAUGGGCACAAUGGUCUGUGGUUGGGACAAACGGGGGCCAGGUUUAUAUUAUGUGGAUUCAGAGGGCAACCGUGUGUGCGGUGACCUGUUUGCGGUUGGCUCCGGCUCCAUGUACGCUUACGGCGUUUUGGACAGUGGCCUGCGGCACGACUUGACCGUCGAGGAGGCUUGUGACCUGGGCCGUCGCGCUAUCUACCAGGCCACUUAUCGUGAUGCCUACAGCGGAGGCACGGUCAACCUGUACCGCGUCCACAGCCAGGGCUGGGAGAGAGUCUCUCAGGAGGAUGUGCUGCAACUGCAUCAGGAAUACCAGAGUCAGAAAGCCUAGAGCUGGGUGGGCAGGGAUGAUGGGUGGGCAGAGAUGAUUG